AAUGCAGAUAAGGCUUUACUCAAGAUCAUCGAAGAAGAGUUCUCUGGUCCUCCCUUUGAUUUGAACCAAUGGAGGCGGACACUUCUGUUGCACAAAAGAGGAAGCAACCAUCAGCCUCAAAUGUGGGUGCUUUGCCUCCUAAAGGUCCAAAACAAAAGCAAAAAAAAAGAAGUAGCGCCAAGAUCAAAGGUGCUAGGAAGGUGUGGAGCGUACUCUCAUGUCCCCUAAUUAAUUUGGGAGCAAAAUAUCUACCAAUACAUCCAAGAGUGGAAAGAUGGGUCCUAUCAUUUUUGUCCUUUGUCAUAAGAUGUACUUUUGUACUCUCCCCAAUUUAUUCAGAUCAAGUCCACCUCAUACUUCAUAUUAUUGGUCUCUAAUAUGUUUAGGAUGGUCCCAAUAAUUUAUUUGAUGUACAAUUACAAAAGAAAACCCUACUCCCAUUAUUUAGCCUAAUAAUGCCAAAGAUGGGACCAUAGGCAUUUGUAUUCUUCUCCAA